AUGGCCCCGUCAAUCCUCACCGCGAGUCUUCAGCUGCUUGCUUUGGCUGCGCUGGCUGCAUCUUCGCCCUGCGUCAAGACCUGCCCUCCUGAUGUGAAGGAUCGACUCGUCACAGAGACCACCAACGGGAGAGUCAUUGGACAUGUCGCACCAAACACGUCGUGUGUUGUCGAAUAUCUUGGCAUCCCUUAUGCAAAGCCACCCGUUGGUCAGCUUCGCUUCGCGGCUCCUGAGAAACUCGUCGGUCCGCCCUCCACCUACGAAGCGGCCAAUUAUGGAUUCGACUGCCCCUCCGUUCCGUCCGGCCCGCCAACAUUUCCGGACCUGACACCGCAAGCCCCACGCAUCGUCAGCUACUUCGCCGGCGCUUCGGGCACCCCUCAAAGCGAGGACUGCCUCACCCUCAAUGUCUGGUCCCGCCCGUCAGCCAAGCCCGCCGCCGCCAAGAAGCCAAUCCUCGUCUUCUUUCACGGCGGCCGCUUCGCCAUCGGCAACACCAACAGCCCCAUGUACACCGGCAAGUAUCUAGCCGAGGCCGAAGACCUCGUCGUCGUCACCGUAACCUACCGUCUCAACAUCUUUGGCUUCCCCGGCGCGCCCGGGCUCGAUGCGCAGAACCUGGGGAUCCGCGACCAGCGCGCCGCCGUGGAGUGGGUGCGCGACAACGCGGCCGCUUUCGGCGGCGAUGCAUCCCGCAUCACCAUCUCGGGCCAGUCGUCGGGCGGCGUCGCCGUCGACUACUGGACCUACGCGUACGACGAGGACCCCAUCGCCCACGCCAUCAUCGCCACCUCGGGCAACGCCUUCAGCUUCCCCGUCAACGCCGUGGGGAUCCCAGAGCGGAACUGGAACACGGUCGUAGAGGCGGUGGGAUGCGGCGCCGACGCCGACCAGCUCGCCUGCAUGCGCCGCGCCAACUGGACCGCCAUCAACGCCGCGGCCGGCGCUGUCCGCCCGUCCGCCAGCUCCAGCGUCCUCCGGUCCGUGCCGCCCUUCUACCCCAUCCCGGACGACAAGAUCGUGUUCAGGGACUACGUCUCCCUGACGGCGGCGGGGGCGUACGCGCCCAUCCCCGUGCUCAUGGGCCACAACCACAACGAGGACGGCUAUUACCGUCUGCCCGUGUAUCGCAACGGUGUCAUCCCCACCCCGGCCCAAGUGGCCAGCUUCCUGCUCGAGUCGUUCACCUGCCCCGUGUCAUACCAGUCGCGGGCCAGGGCCGCCAGCGGCGUGCCGGCGUUUGCGUACAGGUUCCUCGCCGACUGGGACAACACGCGCCUGUUUCCGACGAGUGGAGCGUACCACGGUGUGGACCUGCACAUGGUGUUUGGCGCGUCCGAGGAUACGAGCGGGCUUCCUGCGUCGACGGACCAGAAGAGGCUGACCAGGAUGAUGCAGCGCAUGUGGAGCAGCUUCAGCGCCGACCCAAAACAGGGCUUGACCAGGGCGUUGGGGUGGCCCGUCUUUGACGCCGACAAGAAGACGUUGGCGGUGCUGGGGAGGGACAACGCCCCUGGUGUUUCGUACGUCAAGCCAUCCGAGUUUGACGCGCCGUGCUCGACUGUCGUUAUGGGAGCGUUGAGCACGGCUGCUUAG